AUGGGUGUGCUGUUUCAUUUGGCCUUGAUAUUCCCGUUGCUGUGGCCAGCCAUCGCGGCGUAUGACAAUGGCCUCCCUAAUGGCACAUGUUUUGACACUGCCAUCCCUGAAAACCUCCGCAAGAACCUGACCACUCCUCAGGGAGAGUCGGUGCCGAUUACUUUCCUGUUGGCAGGAUGGAGUUCCGCCCAAGUCACCAGCUCCGUGAUUGAAAUCCUAUUGACAGAGAUCAUGGGGUACAACAUUGCUAUUGGCAAUCGACCACCAGCUUCAAGUGUGGAUUCCAUCUACUGCAUGCUGGGUUGUGCAACCUGGUGGAAUAACACUAAUCGUGGAUGUGAAACCAGGAAGAUCAUUCAUCAUGUGAUGGUUGAAAGCUGGUAUCUUGGCUUUCCCCAUGUCUUGGACUUGUUGGCUGAGAUGUACCAGGACGAGAUGCCGUUCAGCGCAGGUGACAUGGGAUAUCCGGGUACCGCUGGUGGAUAUCUUCCAGCGGCCCCCUUGACCCAAGCACUAAAUACCACAGGCGUUCCGUUUGAGUACUACAAGAACUGGGAUGCAGCUUGGUUCACGCCCUCGGACUACUUCGUGAAUCUGACGGCUGUUGACACAGCAGACUUCAUGAAAUGCAGCGAAACCACGAUGCACGACAACGUCACCGCAUAUACCUUCUUCAAAAUCAGCGGUGAUACUGACGGUGUCGUCAUCACUGAGGAAAAUGGAGUGAAGACGUACAAACUUCUUUGCCAGGACGAGUACUUUUGGCGCCCCAGCAGCUGCAGAAGUGACCCAAGCAAAUGCGUCGUGUUUGUGACUGGCGGGGAUGGUUGGGACAUUCCGCAUGCACCGCAGAGGGCAGCAGCAUAUAACAUGCCAUUCGCCAUUGGGGUGGCUGCUUCAUGGAGCAAGUACUUGGAAGUGCCUGGGAAGUACAAGUCGAUGUACUUCUACUGGUGGACCCCAGAUGAUUCCUUCAUUGAAAUGCAGCCCACCAAGCUGAUCUUGCCAACUUACGAUGCCUAUGCUUGGACCCUGAGCGAUUACACCACCGCUGCGGCAGAUAUAAAAACUGCAAAGAUCGUACCAAAAGAUUUGACUAUAAUGGCUCCUGAUGUGGUGAAGCUCCUGGCCGCCAGCUUGUUUGAUAGCGCGGCAGUGGACAGCAUGAUGCUCAACAUGAAAACCAACUCACUGACCCGGGAACAAGCUGCUUGUGCCUGGUUGAAAGGCAACGAUGUUCGGUGGAACAUGUGGAUUCCAGAUUCCACCAAGUGCGACCCUGGCUUUGGGCUUUACGAUGACGCCACGGAGGUCUUCACUGCCCAGCGAACCACAGCCACGACUUGCAGGGCUUGCCUUCCAGGGAUGCUUUCCAAGGCCUAUUCCGAUGAUUCCGGCCCCACCUACGUUUGCGAAGCUUGUCCUGCGGGCCAGCAACAGCUGGGAGCCGGCGAAAUGGCUUGUGAUCCUUGUCCUUUGGGCACGUCCAAGUUAAACCAGUCCACAGAGGAGUGCGCGCUCUGUCCGGCAGGCCAAUACCAGGACGAGGAAGGAGCUUUUCAAUGCAAGAAGUGCCCGCCAGGAACAACGACCAUGAUUUUGGGAAUGAAGUCAAUUUCAGGAUGUGGUUGCAAGGCUGGCAGCAUCGAUGUCUCUGAUUUGAACUCUCCACUUCGGACCGCAGCCGAUUGCCAAGCCUGCACCGCCGGUCUUGAUUGCCCCACCAUGUCGACAGUAGCAGCGCUCAAAGCUGGUGUGUCUCCCGUGGGUGAGGAGUUUACGCCCAUGGUCAUCGAAGGCUACUUCAGCACCGAGUCGAAACCGAUUGAGCUGUUCAAGUGCUCGAGCCCAGUCGAAUGCCCAGGCGGAAAGCCUGACACUUGUGGCGGAGAUCGCGUUGGGGUUCCUUGUGGCGAAUGUCCGGCUGCGACCUAUUGGGCCGGAUCGAAAUGCUCAGGAUGCACCGCAUGGUCUGCGAUUGGUUGGAUUUUGUGCAUUGCGCUCAUCUUCGCAGGCCUGGUGGGGGCUUACUACUUCUUGAACUCGGCUGUGACGGCAAAGGCUUCCACAUUGGUCAGCACGACAUGCGCAGUUGGCAUGAUGAUCAACAUGCUCCAAAGCCUGGGGAUCAUUGGAACGAUGACGGUGGGAUGGCCAGUGAGCCUCAAAGGCAUCUGGGGCUUCUUGCAGGUCUUUACCUUUGACAUUGACGGCUUUGCAUUUGCUUGCAUUGCCGGUGGAAACCCAGUGGCACGCUACAUUUUACUGGUCCUGUUCUUCCCAGCCGGGCUUCUUUGGUUGAGCCUCUGCGGCGUUGUUUCCAAAGUCAAAGCAAAAUGGGCUUGGGACACGACCAAACUUCGAAGUACCAUGGGCCAGUUCAUGCAGGUGUAUUUCUCAACGAUGAGCAGCACAGCAUUGGUACCAUAUAUUUGCUACGCACACCCCAACGGCUUCCGAAGCAACCUCAAGUACACAAAUGUUUUUUGCGGAACUGACGAGCACACUGCUAUGGUGAUUGCUGGCUCACUUCUGCUUGCUUUCGGCGUUUGUGGCUUCUGGGGCUUCGCAGCCUACCUCGCUCACAUGUGUCCCAAGUGGUGUUCUGCUGGAAAGUUUCAAAGGGUGCAGAGCACCUUGGCGCUAAACCAGCUUUUGCUUUGGUUUGUCUUGUCCAACCAGGCCAAGAGCAACCGCCGUACCCUGGGGGACUGCGGAGGCCACUGCCAGCGACAGACAGAAAAUGACGCCCGGCGCGACAACAGGGAACAGACCCAGGAUGAGCAACAGGCUCCAAAACGGCACAAAGCCGAUAACUCUGCUCCGUACACUUUGGUGGACUGUGGGGGUGCUGGGAACUGUGGUUGGAACAGUGUUGCUGUUGGUUUAGGUAUUAAAAAGGGAUUGACUUAUGAAGAAGCUUGUAAGGACAUCGAAACCACAGUUCGCACCCUUAGGGCCGAUGCUUGUUCUCAUGUCAUGCGACACUCCACUGAUUAUAAGCCCAGCUGGGCGCCAGACAGCGGAGAGACCGAAGUCACGGCGGCCAGGGCAGUUCCGGCAACCUUUGAAGAGUGGGCAGCAUCCCUACUCAGGGACCGUCAAUGGAUGUGUGGCAUGGCGCUUGAAGCUGCUGCGCGUAGAUGUGGUGUCAAAAUUGUCAUUUUAGAAGAAACCAAUGGGGAGAUGCUUGAACCUCUGGUUUGUGGAACUGGCAAGAAACGUGAAGACCCUAUCAUUUUGUACCUCAAAGAUGAGCAUUUUCAAUUGGUUCUUCGACAGGAAGACCAGUCUACAGGAGAGCGAGAAACCAAGAGGGGACAGCACUAUGGCUCCUUCAACCGACCAAAAUGCUACAGGAAGCGAUUUUCAGUUUGGCACAGUUGCGACCUCAGGCCCGAGCGUGUCAAACUUUGGCGUGGGUUUCAAAAAUGCCGCCAGACCGCUAUGCGAGCAAACGUGCAAGUGGUGUGCUGUCAGGAAACCAACCUCCCUCAGGAGGAUUUCGCUACUCAGAUGUGGGUAGCCCGGCAACUUGGAUGGAAUGUCAUUUUUAUUCAGUCCUUUGGUAGCAACAACGGUGGCCUCGCAGUUGCAGUCAGAGCGCUGUCCCCACUCUGGUGUCCGGUGGGCAUCAUGGGGCUCCGGGGCAGACUCACAGGGAAAGGGAAUUACGACGUGGCAUCAGGAGAGCACGUGAAGCUGCCUUUCUUUCCCGCAAAGGUGAUUCACAAUGUCUGGAAAGCGAUUUUUGGGUGCGAUACUGAUGCAGACGCUGACCCCCAACAUUUUUGCCGGAUGUACAAAGAUGACCUCCCCGAGGAGACUCAGGCUCAGACGCUCCCCAAACUAAAUAAGUGGCAGGUGCGUAACAUGGCUGCUACCAUGGCCAACAAAGCCACGGGCCCUGACGGUAUUUCGGCUCAACACCUCUUGACACUCCCAGAUGAUGGCUGGGAAAGGAUCACUCAGAUGCUUAAUCGGUUUGAAACGCUGCAAACCUUUCCUUCUGCAGUGCAGCACUGGAAAGUUGUUUUCAUACCUAAAGGCAAUGCUCCUGAAGGGGUGAGUGCAGACCAGAUGAGACCCAUUAGUGUGGCGUCUAUUCUGUACCGACUUUGGGCCCGCUGCCGGAUCAAACAAUGCAAUGAGGUGGUCGAGAAACACCUGGCCCCGCUUCAAGCCACUACGCAGCUUGACCCUGAAGUCAUUCACCUUGUCUUGCGGGGAGAAUGUCCGGCCUCCUCCUUUCAGUAUGGAUUGGCUCUAGACUACAAAAAGGCUUUCGACAGCGUGAACACCGAGCUGGGCCUUCACCUCCUCAAACGGGUUGGUCUCCCUCAGAACGUGCUUGGUUUGCUCUCCAGCCAAUGGAGGAAUCAAACGCGCUGGUUAAGUUUCGCUGGUGCAAUUCAUGCUGAACCGUUGACCAAAGUCCCUAGUCUGCCGCAGGGAGACCCCUUUUCCCCGCUCACCUUGGCUCUUAUUUUGUCCUGCCCAGCCAAAAGAUGCAUCAGGCUUUUCCCUAUGGUGAAAUGUGCGCUCUAUCUGGACGACAGAACCUUGACUAGCGGCAACGUUGAGAAGUUAGUUGAAGCUGCAGCUGAUUGGGAUCGUUUGUCCCAAGUCACCAGACUCAGUACCAAUCACCAGAAGUCCCAGCUCUGGGGCAGAACUGCAGCGGCUGCGAAAUACCUGAGAGAACAGCACUUUGAAUUUCCUGUCAAGAACGAAGUUGAAGUCUUGGGUUAUUAUUUGGGCGCCAACCCUGAGCAGCACCCCAAGAGGCUGGCCCGUGUCGAAAAUGGAAAAACAGUGGCGCGAAAGAUAGCCACGCUUCCCAUUCCCCAAACCCUUAAAAGCCAGCUCGCCAUGAGCCUGCUCACCAGCACUGCUGCCUGGGGACAGGACGUCACCAAAACUCAGCUCCUCCGAGCGGCGCAAGACCAGCACCUGCAAAACUUCAAGUUGGCUGUUUUUGGCAUAAAGAAUCCCUCUAGCAGUGAUUCUCAAAGCAAAGCUCAGAACAGGUCUUCUCCUCACCUCAGGCAAAUACUAGAUUUGGGUCACGGCUCGGAUCUGAUAUUUGUCGUGGUGACUAAGUACAUGAGCGCGCUGGCGCGUUGGUACAAAUAUAGAGUCCCUGAUAGCAGCCUCACUCGCAGUUUUCAACGCAAUUCGGCAGAUGUCUGGAGAGCUGUUCGAAAGCACCUCAACACUUGGGGAUGGCAGGAACAGGACUGGGGACACUGGGCAGUGCCCAGGGAAGUGCACUUUCAGAUCACCAUGCCCAAAGAACAACGUGGUGGCACAGCCAUCUUGUCUGGUCAUACUAAGGUUAGUCCCUCCUCUCUUUGCCUCUAUCCCGUGUUAGGAUGGGGCAGUGACACAUGCGCUUCCGGCUUGAUGUUUGGUGGUAUGGAGUGCCGUUGCUCCUUCGAGGAGGGGGAGUGUAAAGCUUCAGCAGGGUUCAGCCCUGAAACCAUCAGCUUGCAGGACCGUUGCUGGCACACCGUGGUGGUGGCUCCUGACUAUCCGGCCGUGCAAUGUUUGGCCUGCCAGAUUAUUCUGAUGACGUUCAUGGCCGUGCAAAUCUACAACUGGCCUUGGAAGGCGCCCAUUCUGAACGUUGUGGAUAUGGUCGUUUGCUUCCUACUCGUCAUCCUCGUAGCUGUGGCCGGCUUCUACGUCCCAGCAGUCACAGAUGGUCUGAAGACUUUCUUCGAGGUCUUCAAUAUUGUGGCUUUGUGCGGCCUACUUGUGCUGGUUGGAGUAAUGAUCCUAGCAUCUGUGCUGGCACUCUUCUACCGCGCUGCUAUCGGCAGCCAACAGGAGUUGAAGAUCAUGACCGUUGGGAAAACACCACCGCCGUCACAGGUGGCCUCCGUCUUGGUGCGCCAGAUUGCAGCUCUGGUCAGCAAAUCCGACGAGCAGAUGGCUGCCAAGUUGGAGAAGCUUGGAGUUUACGACUUGCAGGCGCUGCAACUGGCCUCGUCUAUCCUGCAAAACGAGGUAGUGGAUGCUACGGAUGCUAUUGAGCCCACCAGGUCCAGCAGGUCGACUUCUCGCAUCACUUCCCAGGCGCUGGCACCGGCGCCGAAGAAAAAGGCAGAGCCUGAGCCCCCGAAGCCUGAGCUUGAUAAGGAUGAUGAGGAUAUCAGGGACGGAAAGGACCAGAACAAGGUCAAGCAAGCUGCGGUGUGAUUGUAGACGGCUGCGGGGUGGCUUGACGUUGUCUCAAUAGUUUCGGCUCGUAUUUGUACGGCAGGAACUUUGAAAUUUCGGGAGCUGCAGGAUGCGGAGUCUUUUGAUCCUGCAGCACUGCAGCGCCUAGAAAGCAAUUAUUUAAUUACUUUUUCCAAGUCAGCAGUGUUGAUCGGGAUGGUUCUGGUGGAGCUGCAACUGUACAGCAAGUGCGCAGCUACCACCAGCGCCAACAGUUCUUGACGUUGUCUCAAUAGUUUCGGCUCGUAUUUGUACGGCAGGAACUUUGAAAUUUCGGGAGCUGCAGGAUGCGGUGUCUUAUAAUCCUGCAGCACUGCAGCGCCUAGAGAACAUUUUUUUUUCCAAGUCAGCAAUGUUGAUCAGGAUGGUUCUGGCUUUCCCCUUUCAAGUGGAGCUGCAACUGCCACAGCAAGUGCGCAGUUGGGAAACAAAUUCAGCGCUGCCAGCCAUUGGGCUGAGCGCCGACUGACAGCAGGAAAAACCUCUUUAAGAGGGAAGAAAAACCUGCCAGUGAUGACACUCUCCAUAGGGAAAAGGAAUCUGCGCACCCCGCCAGGCGUGCAGAGACGCCAC